UCAAAACAUUGUCUCCCAACCCAGGAAAAACAAUGGAUACCGGGAAACCGGUCCGGAGCUCCGCUUGGCUUCUCGGUCUCAUCUUCAUCACUUUUUCAACGUUUUCCUCCAUUGCCUUUUCCGACGAACCUUCUUUGGUUUUUGGGGAGUUUAACAAGAUAUUGCAGUUAACCCCUGGCCUGCAAGUGGAGAAGUCUCCUGGUUUAAAGCCAGGAACUAGAGUUUUUUGUGAAAGAGUUCACAUUGAUGGUUUGUCUAGGUUUAGGAAUCUCAAGAAGUUUGCUCACUCAGUAAAGGUGAAGGUUUCACAAGGUAAUUCCAGCACACGCAGAACGAAUGUUGAAGUUUGCUUUCAUAGGAAUGCUUCACUUGGGAUAGGGAUGUGCCCUCAAGCCAACUGGGAGAAGGUUUCUAGGGGUAUAUGGGUUAAUUCCAUGUCCCCUUUUGACCACAAGCUCUUAGAUAUUCGGAUGACCAGUUCAUCUCUGGAGACCCUUGAGGUGUCCAUUCAAGAGGAAUUUUUCCUGUAUCGCGUAAUAUUUUUAAUAUUGGGCAUUGUGUUGUUGAGUUCGGCAUCUACUUUAAGCCAGUCAUUGGUUUUUUACUAUGGCAGUGCCAUGGCAGUUGGGGUCAUCCUCGUGGUAUUGAUAGUCCUGUUUCAGGGAAUGAAGCUUCUCCCAACUGGUCGGAAAAACUCACUUGCAAUUUUUAUAUAUUCAUCUACGGUUGGUUUGGGAUCUAUGCUUCUCCACUAUUUGCCACGAUUGUUGCAUUCAAUACUUUCAGAGAUGGGAAUCAGUGAAGAUAUGUAUAAUCCUUUGGCUAUAUUUCUGCUGGGUUUUGUUGUUCUGGCUGGAGCUUGGUUGGGCUUCUGGGUUGUCCGCAAACUUGUCCUGACAGAAGAUGGGUCAAUUGACAUAAGCACAUCUCAGUUUGUUGCUUGGUCCAUCCGGAUAUUGGCUCUCAUUAUGAUCCUUCAGAGUUCUGUGGAUCCCCUCCUUGUAGCAGUGGCAUUAUUAUCUGGAGUACUGCUUUCGCCAGUAUUGCGUAAAAUCACGAGAUUGAGAUUCUUACGUCGUGUGUACAAGAAGCUGUUCAAAUUAGUCAAAAACAUUGGAAGAAAUACUCAACUUCCUGAUUUAUCACCAGAUCGAUAUUCUCAUGAUGAAUAUAUAUACAAAAGGCCUAAAGACUCUAAUUUCCUUAAGCGGCAGUCCAAACACUUUCCCCUGGCUUCUUGCAAUACUUCCGUACAAGGUAUUACCAAGUCAUCUCCUAGUCAGCUGUCAGAAUCAGACUCUUACCUUUCCACCUUUCACGACACUCCAGAGAGGAGGCAAUUUUCGAAAAGUGAGUGGGAGAAGUUCACAAGAGAAACCACAAAAAAAGCUGUUGAAGAACUUGUUUCUUCACCCGAUUUCAGCAAAUGGGCAAUCGCCAAUGCUGAGAGGAUCACUGUAACACCUAGCAAAAGUUCUGCUAGCAGUUCUGCCCAUCGUCGCCGGUGGUUCCUUUGGUUUUAAGUCGCUAAUUAUCCAUUGUAGAUUCAAGGCACUGCAGUUGAAAGAUUCUGGGAAAUUCAAAACUAACAUUCGGCAUUACAGGUUUGAUUAGCCCAUGUUUUGGGAUGAAUGAGAAUGGUUCCAAUGCUGUACUAUGUACAGUAUAAUUCAUGUGCAAAGUUUUCUGUUAGAUCUAGGGACUAAACAAUGUAUUAUUUUCCUAAAACUCCAGCAAUACUUAUCUGAUACAAUAACUCUCUCUCUCUCUCUCAAGUCAUUAGGUGCCAAUUCUAGGUGAUGUAACUCAAUCCGUUGUUGUUAUGAACUUGUAGAUUUCGAUAUUUGCCAUUUCAAACGAUGUCGAAUUGAGUUAAAAGGCAUUUUAUCCCAA